AUAUUAGUGCAGUGUCACUUUACUUGAUUUUGUCCUUCCACCCCUCUCUCUCUCUCACCCGAGUAAGAAACUCAUAAUUAUGAAAUGUAGCUUUACUCAACUUUCUGUCUUUCACCUUAUAAGGCCACUUCUCACUGGGUCAGGGUUACUUCAGUGGUCUCUUCUCUAGAUUCAUCUCUCAUCAAUUUCACUCACUUACCCAGUAAUUAACUAUUGCUCCACCAGCUGUUGGUGUUACCUUUUUCCUCUUCUCUCCUUUUCUUUGGGAGGUUUUCAAUGGAGAUAGAUAACAGUGAAGUGAAGUCCAAGAUGGAAGACUAUGAAGUCAUUGAGCAGAUUGGGAGAGGAGCAUUUGGUUCUGCUUUUCUUGUUCUUAAUAGAACUGAGAAUAAGAAGUAUGUGUUGAAGAAGAUUCGCCUGGCCAAGCAGACUGAGAAGUUCAAGCGAACAGCUCACCAGGAGAUGGACUUGAUUGCAAACCUGAACAACCCAUACAUUGUGGAGUAUAAAAAUUCUUGGGUGGAAAAGGGAAAUUGUAUAUGCAUAGUUACGGCCUAUUGUGAAGGUGGAGACAUGGCUGAGAUUAUAAAGAAGGCUAGAGGCAUUUUUUUCCCGGAAGAGAAGCUCUGCAAAUGGUUGGCUCAGUUAUUGCUAGCUGUGGACUACCUACACUCUAACCGUGUGCUUCACAGAGAUCUUAAGUGCUCCAACAUAUUCCUUACGAAGGACAAUGAUAUCCGUCUUGGUGACUUUGGACUUGCAAAGCUGCUUAGCACAGAAGGCCUUGCUUCUUCGGUUGUUGGCACUCCUAAUUACAUGUGUCCUGAGCUCCUAGCAGAUAUACCUUAUGGCUACAAAUCCGACAUAUGGUCGCUUGGCUGCUGUAUGUUUGAAAUGGCUGCACACCAACCAGCAUUUAGAGCUCCUGAUAUGGCUGCGCUAAUCAACAAAAUAAACAGAUCUUCCAUUUCGCCUCUCCCAAUUAUGUAUUCCUCCUCACUGAAACAAAUUAUUAAGAGCAUGCUGAGGAAGAACCCGGAACACAGACCGACAGCUGCAGAACUGUUAAGACAUCCUCAUUUGCAACCAUAUUUACUUCGUUGCCGCAAUGCAUCUUCUGUGUUUCUUCCAAUAAAGCCCAUAAACAGUACAAAGGAGAAAACAAGGAGAAAAUCAUUAUCUGGUAAGCCUAGUGGUGGCAGUGACAAAGCCAAUAAGGACAGGGACGCCGGGCCAGUCCACCAGCCAGAAAGUGGUAAUCCAUUUGAGAGAAAUGGUGUUGCACAACAAAGCAAUCAACCUCAUAUUAACAUCCCAACGUCAACAUCCAGUGCAGAAGACAGCCUUGAGACCAAAAGGGUUGAUCCUACGAGUUAUACUGCGGAAGUAUCAGAUUCUAUGACUGGUCCAAAAGACAGUUCCACUGAUUCUGAAACUAGUAUUUGCAUUGAAGACAAGCAAGCUGAUUCUAGCAGUCCAGCUCAAAAAGAUGGCACUGACAUUGAGUUUACAUUGAAGAGCACCCUGAAUGCACAACAUGAAGACGAGACUACCUCGGAGCACUUUCAACAACUUCAAGAGGUUAAUGUCAAUCAUGUUCCAGCAAAGGAUCAACCGACAUUUUGCAAGCAGAAAGUUGUUGAAGAAGCUGAAACAGAGGGAGAGGGUGCAACAACAGGGGAGAGCAGGGAAUUGGCGUUGACUAGUCUAAGCUGCAUCGAAAAAGAUGCUCCUGCUGAUGAUAAAAGCUCGCCAUCACCUAUAACUAAGCCUUAUGUAGAGCCAGAAUUGUGUUUAAAGAAACCAGAAAGCCCUGAUGUGUAUACAGAAGAAACUCAAAUGGAAUACUUAUCAUCUGAAAGUAACGAUGUCCUUCCUUGUAAAGAUGAAAUUCAAGCAAAACCAGAUGAGAAUAAUUGCUCCUUGCAAAUGGAGAAAGAUGAUGCUUAUGGGAUGAGGGUACCAACACCAAGUGAAAUUUCAUUGCUUAAUACGAUUGCUGCAAUGCAUGGUGACGAAACCAAGAAUGAUUGGGAGAAUCCUGGUCAGCAAAGAGCAGAUGCUCUCGAGUCUUUGCUUGAGCUAUGUGCACGACUACUUAAACAGGACAAAAUCGAUGAGCUUGCCAGUGUGUUAAAGCCAUUUGGAGAAGAAGUGGUCUCAUCUAGAGAAACAGCAAUCUGGUUAACAAAAAGUCUCAUGUCACAACAUAAAUUUAAUGGAGGGACCUAAACUUCAGGUGAUUGCUGCUAAUUUAUUGUUAGUAAAAAUAUGUAUGUAUAAAUUUUGUUGGCAUAAAAAUGAUUUCUUAGAGAGUGUUGUUUGAUUGAAGGGCAUAACUUAUAAACAUAUUUUUCUGAUUGUUUUA